AUGCACGAGUUUCGCGCCGCUGGCGAGGACAACGUGGGUGACCUGCUGGAAUACGUCGACGAGGAGGGCUACUUGACGCUGUCAAACCAGCCGGACUAUGCGCUGGCGAUGCUGCAUCUAGCAGAGGCGUUUCAACUGCGGAAUCUGUACCUCGGUGCGUUUGCACAUUGCGUUGGCAUGAAGCAGAGGCUCUCGUCGAGCAAUGAGCUUUCGAACAUAACUUCGGCGUCCAGGAGACUCAUCAGGCAAAAACGGGCGGAGUUGGAUGCCCGACUGGAACGCACCGCGACAAUGCUCACUAAUUUCCUCGACAAGGAGCUAUCAGAGGCACACAUUGGCAUUCCCUUGGGAGCACGCAUGCAUCUUGACCGGUUUCGCUCGUUCCUAUUGUCGUUUUACAGUGCCAAAUUCGGAUACUACCCUCCACGUCGGUUCGAUGCAGCCACGCUGCGCGUCCUGGCCGAGGACUUUGCCGCUCUGCACGCGCUGCUCGAGGACGACGGGUACACGGCCGGGCCUUUCGAUCUGAUGCCGUCGUCUGCGGUAGGCGGCAUAUGCACGCUCCAGCUGAUACAGGCGCUGGAUGCACGGAACCAUUUCGAUCCCUUGCAGCACCCGCUGCCUCUCCUCCCGCAAGUUGACGCCCAAAGCUCGACACGACGCAUCCCGUGGUUCCCGCGCAGCAAAAGCAAGGCAGACCAGCGGCAGGUUGAGCACGCGGCGUUGGUGCGGGCUUCACAUUGGAGAGAGGACCUGUUCCGGAACGAUCUUGUGCGCGCGUACCGAGGCUUCGAGGAGGCGACCGUCGUGGCACCGAGCCGUGCAGACCGACACGAGAGGGUUUCGCUGCUGGACGCGCGCAAGGUCCGCUGGAUACUCAUCUACGCGGUGCAUCAGACGCUGCGUCAGGUCACGAACCCUGAGGCCGGGGUACCUGAUGAGAAAGGCGCACAGUAUCUGCUAUCCGCAUCACUAGAUGACGUGCUCCCGUGGAGAGAGCACCAGGAUAUCGAAAAACUAGCCAGGAGGCAGACCGACCUUGCACUUGGUCAGCGAGGAAAUGAAGGGCCGCAGCGGGACGACUCGACGGGCGUGAUGGAGAUAAAGCCUGACAUUGAUUACUUUGCGCUGACACACAAGACGCCGCCGCCGCCGCCACCGUCGCGGAGCCGCCGUUUGUCGCUCACCGGGCCAUCAUCGACAGAUGUUUCGCGAUCGAACUCGUUCAAGCGCGCGCUGAGUCGCAGCUCGACACUCCGCAGGUCGGUUAGGAGGUUGAAGCAAGCCACUUCGUCGGCGGUCCCAACGCCUCCUGCGACGGCGAUUGGGUUGAGCAAGCCAGCUUACCAUGAGAUUGUCGUGCAUGGCUACGGUAACGGGACGAACAAUGUGAGCUUCGACACGCCGCCGCCGUCGGAGCCGCUACCCAUACGGCGGCUACACACGUCGGUGGGCGUGACGAGCAGGAGCGGAUCGACGGCAUCGGCGUCGCACUCAGAUUCAAGUACAAGUUCUACUGGCCAGGCCAUGACGGUGGGCAGUCCGGCAGAGACGUUGGCCUCGUCCAUUACCAUACCAAGCCCAACUAUAGCACCGGUUGCAGACACAGACCCGUCCUGCGACCCUGUGGGCGCGAAGCCCUCCCGGCGCUGGAGCCAGCACGGCGGGUCAGCCCGUCCGAGACUGGCAAAAUCGAACUCACUCAAACGACGGCCCAUGAGUGCCGCCAUCGAGGGCUACAACUACGCCAAGUCACUGGGGCACUUUGUCGAGCAGGAGGGCCGCAACAUGCUCUCGCGCAGCGGCAGCAGCAGCGGCAGCAGAGCGGGCCUCUCGCGACGGCACAGCCUCAUGGGGGGCGGGCCGGAACUUCGCCACAAGGCGAGCAUGCCGCUGCCGCGCGUGAUUGACGAGGAGGAGGCGGCGGGGGUGCUGCCGCGGGACUCUGGCGACUGGACGGCGAUGCAGGCGUUUCUGGACGGCAAGACGGGCGAGGAGGAGUAUGCCGACUUGGGCGGCCUGAUUGCCUUGAGGUGA